GUCGCAUGCGAUUUGUUAAUAAAAACGAAGAAUCGCUGUGUAAUGAAUGAUGUGUUGUUAACUUCAUUCCACGUUUUUUCAUUUUCUCCCUCAAAAGUCUCUCUUUAUUCUCUUUCUUCUUUCCCCCCCCGGCGCCGAAGCUGUAUCUGUUUUGAUUCCGGCGUUUAACACGCGUUUUAAUCGGCGAGGGUUUUGAGAUCGAGUUAUUUUUUUGUAUUCGGUUGUGACGGUUUUAUUGUAUAGAUGGAGAGGGAUUUAUUGGGAUUGGGUUCGAAAAAUUCUCCGAUCACUGUCAAGGAGGAAACCAGCGAAAGCUCUAGAGAUUCAGCUCCCAACAGAGGAGGAAUGAACUGGUCGUUCUCAAACAAAGUCUCUGCUGCUUCUUCUCAGUUUCUAUCUUUCAGGCCAUCAUCUCAAGAAGAGAGACAUAGAAAGUCUGGAAAUUAUCAUCUGCCGCACUCUGGUUCCUUCAUGCCAUCAUCAGUUGCAGAUGUUUAUGAUUCAAACCGCAAAGCUCCUUACAGUUCUGUACAGGGAGUAAGAAUGUUCCCAAAUUCCAACCAACAGGAAGAAACUAAUGCAGUUUCCAUGUCCAUGCCGGGUUUCCAGUCUCAUCAUUAUGCACAAGGAGGAAGAAGCUUCAUCAGCAACAGUAAUAACUCACAACCUUUGAUAGGAGUUCCUAUCAUGGCACCUCCUAUUUCAAUCCUUCCUCCUCCCGGCGCCGUUGUAGGGACAACUGAUAUUAGAUCUUCUUCCAAGCCAAUAGGGGCACCUGCGCAGUUGACGAUCUUUUAUGCCGGUUCGGUUUGUGUUUACGAUGACAUAUCUCCUGAAAAGGCAAAGGCGAUAAUGUUGUUAGCUGGGAAUGGUUCUCCUAUGCCUCAAGCCUUUUCACCACCUCAAACUCAUCAUCAACAUGCGGUCCAUCAUACUCGUGCCUCUGUUGAUUCUUCAGCUAUGCCUCCUAGCUUCAUGCCUACGAUAUCUUAUCUUAGUCCUGAAGCUGGAAGUAGCACAAAUGGAGUUGGAGCAGCAAAACUAACAAGAGGCUUGACAUCAACAUGUCACGACAACCAAACUAACGCAUCCAAUAUCAAUUGCUCAGUAGCUGUUUCAGGUUCUACCAGCGUAAUGGCUCCAACAGUUGCUUUACCCCUGGCUCGCAAAGCAUCUCUGGCUAGGUUUUUAGAAAAACGCAAAGAAAGGGUCACGAGCGUAUCGCCAUAUUGCGUAGACAAGAAGUCAUCGACAGAUUGUCGCAGAUCAAUGUCUGAAUGCAUUAGUUCUUCUCUGAGCUCUGCAACCUAAUGUCAUCUACAGUAAGAUGAAGGUUGCUUUUAGACUACUCCACACCCUUAUUUGCAUUUCAAUGGCGGCCUUUCAGUUUCUCAGUUAAUUUUUUUUAUUCUCUGGCUACACUGAGUUUCUUCUUAGCUUAUAUAUAUAUAUACGAUAGUGUAUACUUUGUUCACUAGAUUUUGGUCUAAUGGAACUUAUGAGAGCAAAACAGACAUGUACUUGGGAGAGAAUCAGUAGAAACUGUUUGUUUGUUUCUUUAUUCUUUUCUUUUGUAUAUAUCACGUAAGGCUGAAGCUCGCAUUUGUAUGAUUCAUACAAUGGAACUGUUUCGCUUCUGUUUCCUUUA